UUUCAUGAGAUGCUUCAUAUUUUGGACUUGUGCAGAUACUUGAGAGUAUGCCAAUGACGGACAAAGUUGAAGAAUUACUACAAGUAAUAGGCCCGUUCUAUGAAAUAGUAGAAGAUAAAAAGAAAAGAGGAUCUGACCUAACUUCAGUUCGAAUGGAGAAAGUCUCUAAAUAUUUGGAAGACCUCAGUAAUGUCAUGACUUCCACUCCAAAUAUGAAGGCUGUGAAUGGGAAAGCUGAAAGUAGUGACAGUGGAGCCGAAUCAGAAGAAGAAGGGCUUCGUGAAGAUGAAGAAAAGCAAAUACACCUAAAUGGAAAGGAAUAUAAGAAUGUGAAGCAAGACUCAGCAGCUGCUAAGGAUUUGGAAAGUGUUGUCACUAAUGGCUCUUAUAAGGACAACUUUAUCCCAGAUAUGCAGAAUGGCAUCCAGACCAAAUCUGCCCUGAAUGGCUUGAAUGUGGAAGAAGAAAUAAAGAAAACAGAGCAAAGCCUAGAGCUAACUAGUAACACUGCUCACCAAG